CCCGCCCCCCUCCCGACCGGCCACCUUCCAUAGCUGCGCGGAGGCGGACGCCAUUGGCUCUAACGCCCACCGAGUGCUUGGGAGGUUGGCGGGGUUCUGAACCGUGGAAGAGUCGCUGAGUGUUGCCGGGGCAAGGGGCGAGUGAAGGGCGGACAGAGGCGUCGUGGCCGUAGGAGGCAGCGUGUCCGCAAACCGAAGGUCCGGCGAGGUGGGGGGUGGGGGGUUUUCCGGAGGCUUCGGCAGGAGCGCCGGCGCAGCACCUCGCUGACCCUCUGGGAGCGCCCGCACCUGAACACGAGGCUCUCUAGCGCGCGUGCGCGGCGAGGGUCUUCCCGCACCUGAUCGCGAGACCCUAACGGCCAGCGGCUCGAGGCUUCCCCUGCGCUGCCGGGUGGAACCCGUCAUGGCGCAGCUGUGUGGGCCGAGGCUGUGCGGGGCUCUCCUCGCCCUGUUGGCUUCGCUGCUGCUCUUCCGGGCUGAGGCGGCCGACGGAGAACGUGGCGUCCACGACUUUUGUCGAGUUCCGAAGAAAGUGGGAAGAUGCCGGGCCUCCUUCCCUAGAUGGUGGUACAACGUCACUGAGGGGUCCUGCCGGCAGUUUGUGUAUGGUGGCUGUGACGGGAAUAAAAAUAAUUACAUGACCGAAGAGGACUGUCUUGAGAAAUGUGCUGGUGUCACAGAGAACACCAUUGAUGAGCUGGCCACCAGGAGGAAUGGAGCGGAUUCCUCUGUCCCAAGUGUUUCCAGAAGGCAGGAUUCUGAUGACCUCUCCAGUGACAUUUUUGACUACGAAGAAUACUGCACUGCCAAAGCAGUCACUGGGCCUUGCCGCGCGUCCUUCCCACGCUGGUACUUUGAUGCAGAGAAGAACUCCUGUGACAGCUUCAUCUACGGAGGGUGCCGGGGCAAUAAAAACAGCUACCUCUCUGAGGAGGAGUGCAUGCACCACUGCCUUGGCAAGCAGUUGUACCCUUUCCUCCCCCGUGGCUCUAAAGUGGUGGUCCUCGUGGGGCUCUUCGUGAUGGUCCUGAUCGUCUUGCUGGGCGCCUCUGUGGUCUGCCUGAUCCGGGUGGCCCGGAGGAACCAGGAGCGCACCCUCCGCACCGUCUGGAGCACUGGGGAUGACAAGGAGCACCUGGUGAAGAACACCUACGUCCUGUGAAGGCCCUGCCAGCCAGAGGCCGCCCUUCCUCGGGCCUCUCUGCAGAUGGCGAAAACCUGGGGAGGGAGGGGAGACAAGUGUAGCAUGUGUGUAUGUGCUUUUUAAAAUAGAGUGAUUGGUUUGUGCUUGUACGAUCAUUAGGGCUUCAGGUCUGUUUGUUACUCCAGAAGGUGAGGGGGCUUCUGCUGUCCUGGCUGGGUCUGCUUUGAGAACCUUCUCGGAGGAGGGCUCUGCCUCACACUGCACGUGGUCUGGCCCCAGGCCAGAGUCGGCUGUUCUUCACUUUAGUUCUCUGCUCCAGGUCUUAGUUUUUUGGGAUUACAUGGAAUCCUGUAGUGUCCUUUCCCACCGCAAAAGUAAUGUCUUCAUAGUUUCCUUUGUUUGAUGUAUGUGUUUUUGUUUUGUUUUGUUUUUGUAAACAGAAAAUUUUUUUUU